UAAAAAAUCACAAGGCUAUAAGAAACAUUACAAAAGCAAAAUCUAAGUAGAGCAAGAAAAGGCAAUAAAGAUCCAUCUCUCAGAACCUGUUAGUUUUAGUUCUUUUUCUUGACCAAGAAAUGAUAUCCUUUUGGAUGGAUAUCGAAGAAAUUUUAGCUGGUCUCUUCUUCUUCCUUUUUCCCUGUUACUUUUAAUUUCAUGACCUAGAGUAUUUAAAAGUUCAUUUACUAAUUCCAUUGUAGAAUUUUAAUGUUAUUUACCAGAAACUGUCACAGGAAGGGAUUUUGAGCUUGGAGAUUAUUGAAGAAUUGAACCUCCUUGGAGAAAAGUGGUAUCAUAGUCCCUCUAUGCUUUGCUAGCGAAAAGAAUGUCACUAGCCCACUACAAAUUCAGCAGCCAUUCGGCUAAAAUUAUUUUCAAAACAGAGCCUUUUGGGACCAAAGUGACGCCCAGCUAGUACCUUCUGAAAAUUCAGGUCUGGCCCAAACGGCCCAGAAAUGAUUUAAAAUGGCAGCACAGCAAGAUCAACCAGCAAUGCAGAACAGGAACGAAAGUGAAAAAACUAUGGCAGUAACCGCAACGGCUCCAUGGAAGCAGCUUCUGUUAAGCGCGUUAGAGUCGAAUUCACACCUGAGGCACUCUUCCUUCUUUCAAUUGGCAACAAUUGGAUCUGAUGGAAGACCUUCAAACCGCACCGUUGUUUUCAGGGGUUUUGUAGAGCGUAGCGAUAAGAUCCAAAUCAACACUGAUUCCAGAACUCGCAAGACUGAAGAACUUAAGCAAUGUUCAUUUGCUGAGAUAUGUUGGUAUUUUACGGACUCUUGGGAGCAAUUUCGUAUCAAUGGAAGGGUUGAUGUUAUUGAUGGUUCAGAUCCUGAUCCAGUGAAGCUUGAGCUAAGAGAGAAAUCUUGGUUUGCUAGUUCUAUAAAAUCAAGACUUCAGUACCUCGGUCCUAAUCCUGGUCUUCCUUGUCUAACCGAGCAACAUCCCAGUGAACUCUUUCUGGAUCCUUCUUCAGGCCCAGUCGCCGCCUUUUGCCUGCUAGUCCUAGAUCCAGAGCAGGGGCUGGUAGCUGAACAUUUAUGCUGACUAGGCAGCCACCACCUGGUUCAGACCGAUAUCAGCAGGACUGGAUCGGCCAAAAACUGGAACCCAAAUUUCAACUCUAGUCCCAUUGCCCGGGUCAUUGUUUCCCUUUUCUUUUAAAUCCUGAGCUGAAAUCUCCCAUCGGUUCGCGUUCAAUAUAAAAGAUGAAUGUUGCUGCAACCUGAGAGAAAAAAAAAAGGGCUAAAAGCAGCCUUAUGCAGGCAGCCUAAGAGGGCUGCAUGGCGGCUAUAAAAGAAAAUUUAAUUUUCAACAGUCCAGUUUCACGACUGAAAUUGUCUGGUCUUGUUUAGGACUGAACUGUCUGCCUAUCAUUUGGUUCCGGUUCCAGUUCUGAGCCAAUUCCGAACAGUAACCAUAUGUCAAUUGCUGACAAUGAGAGGAUAUUUCAAGUUUUUGUUUAAUUGCACAUUUCCUUCAAUACAAGUUUUUUAGUUGAUGCUCAGAAUUGAAUCGUUGUAGAUAUGGUAAAAUUUUGUU